ACUGACCAUAAUUUAUUUCUUUCAUGCUUUACAGUGAACAACCCUAUACCUUCCAACCUGAAGUCAGAAGCUAAAAAGGCAGCUAAAAUUCUACGAGAAUUUACAGAAAUAACUUCCAGAAAUGGACCAGAUAAAAUCAUACCACCUCAUGUAAUAGCUAAAGCCAAAGGUCUUGCAGUUUUGUCUGUUAUCAAAGCUGGAUUUUUGGUGACUGCUCGAGGUGGAAGUGGGAUUGUAUUAGCUCGUCUUCCUAAUGGAGCCUGGUCUGCUCCCUCUGCAAUAGGAAUUGCUGGUCUUGGUGGUGGAUUUGAAAUUGGAAUUGAGGUCUCAGACUUAGUGAUAAUACUGAAUCAUGAAAGAGCAGUAGAAGCUUUUGCCAAAGGAGGGAAUCUUACACUUGGAGGAAAUCUUACUGUGGCAAUUGGACCUCUGGGGAGAAACUUAGAGGGGGAUGUUGCCCUGAGAAGCUCUGCUGCUGUCUAUACAUAUUGCAAGUCUCGUGGACUGUUUGCAGGUGUAUCUCUGGAAGGAACCUGUUUAAUUGAAAGGAAAGAAACAAAUCGCAAGUUUUAUGGGCAGGACAUUCGUGCUAGUGCCAUCCUGCUUGGUGAUGUGCCUUUCCCUGCUCAAGCAGAUGAUCUUUAUGAAAUUCUGGCAUCCUUCACUGAAGUGUAUGAAAAUGAAGAGCAAAAAAAUAAUCCAGGAAAAUCUGUAAAUGACCGUCCUGCUAGACCAUCAUCCAGACCAGAGCCGCCUAAACCAGCUGCUAGACCUACACCACCAGCUAAAAAGAAUACAAAUAGACUUUAUCCUGAACUUCCCAAUGAUUAUGCAUCUGUGGAUAACUCUCGGAGUGAUCCAGUAGAAGUGACAGCACUUUAUUCAUUUGAAGGACAACAGCCAGGUGACUUGACUUUCAAAGCUGGAGACAGAAUCACAGUGACAACUAAAACAAAUUCCCAGUUUGAUUGGUGGGAAGGAAGCAUAGGAGGAAAAACUGGCAUCUUUCCAGCCAAUUAUGUUGCCAUAAGUAACAACUGAAUUUGUACAGAAUAAAAUCUUGAGGUAGUAAUAUAUUUACACUGAAAAAUAGAUUUUAACUUUUCAGAUUUUAUUAAAAUG